UGUUCUUUUUAGUUCUGUGUGCUUCUAAUUUAAGCCAUCAUCCACCACUAUCAACAACGUUACUGCAGCAAUGCUUCACUGGUCUUCUCUGCGUUUUAAAAUGCAUCAAUUUAUUCUGCAAGACUAGAGGAUAUAAUAUCUAUAGCUAAAUGGAGAUUACUCGUGCCAGACCAUCGCUGUUUGGAGAUAUAGCUCAUGGCCUGGGGUUCUGGACAGACCGUUCGGCGGUACACGAGGCAGCAGCCCAGGGAAAGGCUCUUCAGCUACAGAAGCUGAUCCAGGGAGGUGCAGCAGUUAACAUAGUGGCUGUGGACUCCAUAACCCCCCUCCACGAGGCCUGCAUACAGGGACAAACACAGUGUGUCCGGUUGCUGCUGGACGCUGGUGCUCACGUGGAUGCGCGGAACAUUGACGGCAGUACCCCGCUGUGCGACGCCUGCGCUGCGGGCAGCCUGGAGUGUGUGAAACUACUCAUACAACAUGGGGCUACGGUCAACCCUCCACUGUUCACCUUCUCACCCCUCCACGAGGCCUGCAUGGGGGGUAACUCUGACUGCGUUCAGCUCAUGAUAGACGUGGGAGCUCUGAUGGAGGCCCAUGACUGCCACUUCGGGACACCGUUACAUGUAGCGUGUGCCAGACAACACUUUGACUGCGCCAAGGUCCUCCUCAAUGCAGGGGCGAACGUGAACGCUGCCAAGCUCCACGAGACGGCGCUCCAUCACGCAGCCAAAGUAAAGAACGUGGAUCUGAUCGAGCUGCUGAUUGAGUUUGGUGGGAACAUAUAUGCCAGGGACAACCUGGGCAAAAAGCCCAUCAACUACACAAGUCAAGGUUCUCCCACCAAUAUCUGCCUAGUGUUCUAUGAAAAUACUCCCCUCAGUCUACAACAGAUCAGCAGGAUAGCUCUGAGAACAGCACUGGGCAGAAGAGCCCUGGACGACGUGUCCAAACUGGGCUUGCCCAAUCGCAUCACCUGCUACCUCUCAUAUCAGCCACCCCCAGAUCUGGACUUGGACUUUGACUACUUCUAACAAGUCCAAUCCUACUUCUAACAAGCCCCAUCCUACUUCUAACAAGCCCCAUCCUACUUCUAACAAGCCCCAUCCUUACUUCUAACAAGCCCCAUCCUUACUUCUAACAAGCCCCAUCCUACUUCUAACAAGCCCCAUCCUACUUCUAACAAGCCCCAUCCUACUUCUAACAAGCCCCAUCAUACUUCUAACAAGCCCCAUCCUUUUUACGAGUCUGUUUUGUCUUGUGCCGAACGAUUCCACCACAUAGGAAUAAGCCUGGUCCCAGGUCUGUUUGUGUUCUUGUCAAUGCCAACUCAUUGUAAUGCUGACAUUUUUCAACCAAUUAGCAUAACAAUGGCUGAUUGCACAAACAGACUGGCCCUCAGACUAGAUGGGAAUGAAGAUGCAGGGUAGCCUGGUUCCAGAUCUGUUUGCGCGUUCUUGCCAACUCCUAUUGUCAUUGUCAGGCUAAAAACACAUUGACAACGACUAUAGGAGUUGUUUAUACAAUUACAAACAGAUCUGGGACCAGGCUAGAAGCAAGAGAGCCCAAACUCAUUUGUCUGAGUUAAGGUUUCAGUUAAACUACAAUGAAAAGUAGGGAUAUGAAUGUAAGCUUACUGAUGUGACAGGUGUCAGCUAGCUAUGCUCGAAAGACUGAGGGCGAUACUCAAAUCUGUAUCGCCGAAGGGUUAUAUUUCUAUCCAGCUGUAAAGGUCAUUUCUGAUUGAGCCGAGAUAUCUUAAAUGCAGUCUCUACGAUACGGAUUGAAUCUAGGCCUAAGCGUUCCCACUAAGCAUAGUCUCAUGCUUGUACCCAGAUCUAUUUGUCCUGCCUUAUGUUUGGGAUGUUGUGCCUUGCCAACUGCAAGACGGCACAAACUGAUCUGGGACCAGGCUAGUCUGUCCAACCUUUCUGAAUUCUUAAAUCUUUUAGCUAAGCUUUUAGGAUUGUGUAAUUAUGUGUACAUAUCAAACAUGUAUGUUUAUUUUGAAUAAUGUGUAUAUAAACUAUGUAAAUAAUACAAAUUAUUUGAUUUAUGUAAAUUCCAUGAAUACUGUAUAUGUCUAUUUUGAGUUUAUAAGUGUUGCAUUUUGUCUUCUUCUGUAUGGUUGGAGUGUUAGAAAGGAGGGUGUUGUCGCAGGGGUCAAGUGCACACCCCUUGAAAUGAAUUUUGUUAUCAUAUUAAUUGAUUGUAUUGUUCUUAAUACUUUUUACUCUUCCAUUGUUGCUUUACUGAAAAUAAAUGAUGUACAGUACCAGUCAAAAGUUUGGACACACCUACUCAU